AUGGUCGAGAAGCGUCCGAGUGCAGUCGGCGACUCGCCGAGCGACGGCCAGCGCCACAAGCGACAGACGACGGAGUCGGACCGCACUAUUCAGUCGCUAGACGUCACGGUGUCUCCCAUGAGUCAAAGUCCUGCGGUCCAGGCGUCACUGCUGCCUGCAAACUCCACGUCAACAUCCACGUCCCCAAGAGCUCUUUUUCCAGCCGCAGUGCCGCCACCAAUACUCGUAUUCAGCGGCAAAUUUCAAGUUUUGGAACUUGAUAAUGAGCAGAUCGUGACGUCAGUGAAGCGUGACGCUCAAGGCGCUUCCUGGCGAGUCAUUUGGCAGCCUCGAAGCCUCACGGACCAUUCGUUUGUCGGUGUCUUUGUCGAGCUCGUUACCGACACGCGAGAGCACCACAAUGUGUCGCCACGACUGGCUGAGGUCAGGAUCGCACUCUUGCAUCAAGGGGGUCGUGCGUCGGUUGCGAAACACACGAGCGUGCAUGCAUUUUCCAAGGACACGCCAUUGUUCGGCAUGAGUCAGUUUUGUUUACGCAGUGACUUGCUGAAUCCGUGCAAUCAUUUCUUGACAACUGAUGGAAAAGUGGAGAUUGAAGUGCAGCUGACGUUUGUUGCGGAUACUACAGAUAUUGAAAUAGAGAUCGAGGAAAACGCGCAUGCGCCAAUGGUCUCGUCUCGUCAAGAUGGAGCCUGGACAAAUGAUUCACAGUCGAUACAGGAUUUGCACUCGUACGACUCGAAAGAGGAGACAGGGAUGGUGGGGUUGAAGAAUCAGGGAGCCACGUGCUACUUGAACUCGUUGCUGCAGACGCUGUUCCACUUGCGAGCAUUUAGGCAGAUGGUGUAUGAGACGCCUACUGCUGAAGAAGACACGAAUAAUUCCGUGUCGUUGGCAUUACAGCGUGUAUUUCACCGGUUACAGAGUCAACAAAAGGUAGUGUCGACGAAGGAACUGACGCGCUCGUUUGGAUGGAGUGCGAUUGACUCUUUCAUGCAACAUGACGUGCAGGAGCUGUACCGAAUUUUGUGCGAUCGGUUAGAAGAAAAAAUGAAACACACGAGAGUGGACUCGGCAAUUCCGAAGCUUUUUGAAGGCAAAGUAAGGUCUUUUGUGCAAUGUGUGAAUGUGGACUUUCAGUCUUUUCGUGACGAAAGCUUUUAUGACUUGCAACUGGAUGUCAAAGGCUGUAAGGAUUUAAUGCAGUCCUUUCGCAAGUAUGUGGAGGUAGAACUGUUGGACGGAGACAAUCAAUACGAAGCUGAGGGACAUGGAAAACAGGAUGCCAAGAAGGGCAUCGAGUUCGCCACUUUUCCGCCUGUUCUUAAUAUCCAGCUUAAGCGCUUUGAGUACGAUGCCAUGCGUGAUGGCAUGGUCAAGGUUCACGAUCGCUUCGAGUUUCCAAAAGUUCUUAUUCUCGAUGAAUUUAUCGCUCACAGUAGCGCAACAAAAGACACCAACGAGAAAUCUCCACGGUAUGUUUAUCAUCUCCAUAGUGUUCUGGUUCACAGUGGUGAUGUGCACGGCGGUCAUUACUACGUAUUUAUUCGACCUGGAAAGCAUACUAGUUCAAGUACGAGUUGGUUCAAGUUUGACGAUGACCAGAUCACGCGCGUGGAUGAACGUAUAGCAAUCGAGGGAAAUUUUGGUUCUGGUGGGACUCCUGUAACACCACAAGGAGGAUCUACGGAAUCGCCGUUGCCUUUGCACUCGUCAUCAAUUUUUGGUCCGUCUGAUAUAAACGCUGAAAAUGCUAAUGAGCCUGGUGGCAUGGAUGGCUUAGAAUUUACGUCGGUGGCUGCACCGGGCGAGCCCGGUACUGGUGGCGGCAGCGCAACGGAUGAAGGAUAUGAGUACAGUCAAUAUAACGACACAAGCAGUGUCCCGUUACGUCCUUCGUCAAGCACUCAGAUGCUUCCACUUGGUAGGAGUUUUUCUAGCGCAUACAUGCUUGUGUACGUGCGCAACGGUGAGAACGACAUCAGCGCCAUUCAGGAAGGGGCUUUUGUGGAUACAGAGAGUAUCACAACGACACCUUGUGCUUCAAAAGAGAUUUCCGCGGCUGAUCAUUUACUCAACAUCAUUAAAACGGAAGUACCACCUAUCAAACCAGAGAUUCGUACUUGGGAAAGCGAUCCGGUGUCGAUUCCGACCGAGCUGGUUACACGGUUCCACGAGGAGGAAAAAGCAGUUAGCCGGCGCAAGAAAGCUCAGCAGACAGAGCACUUGUACAUGAACCUACGUAUUGCUUCCGACACGAGCAUCGCCAAACUGAGACGUAUAACAAAGACGAUGGACUUUUCUGGAUUUAAUAACUCGAACACGUUGCGUAUCCGCAUUAAACGCACCGCAUCGAUCCGGCAGCUCUACCGUCGAGUGUAUAAAGAGACCGGCGUUCCCAUGUUACGACAGCGCUUGUGGAAAGUCAUUACGCGCGAAAAUCGUACAACACGACCUGAUCAACCUCUCGGUCCCGAUUUGUUUGGCUGUCGUGUGGACUGGCUGAUCGAGGAUGAUGCAUCGCAUAAAGCCCCUGUUAGACUGUAUCUUCAGAUACUGAGUAGCGUGCCGAAAUCUCCCCCAUCGCCGUCGUCCCCGUCCAUCCAUGCUCUCGAAGUAGAAGAAUUGAGUAAGAUCACAGCACCGGUUAUCCAUCGGCAUUUUUGGGAUGAAUUUACACCUCCAGAGAUUGAAAACAAAUCGUUUGGUACAGGUGAUACAACAGCUAGCCAGGGGACGGAGGAUGGUGAUGAGGAUGCGGCCAUUGCAUUUGCUCCGGCUGGUGAAAGCAUCGUAGUCGACCACGCGCCGGCGCUGCAGAGUUACGAAAUUGUGUUGUUCAUCAAGUUUUAUGACCCUAAGCGGAAACUUGGCGAGCGUUUGGAGUAUGUAGGUAACGUAGUAGUGGAUUCGCGGAUAACUGGUGCGGAGCUAGCGAAGUAUCUGCACGACGCACUAUCGCUUCCUAUUAUUGCGGAGUUACUGUUGUACGAGGAGGUUCAAUCGACCUCUGUGUCUGAGAUCGACAUGGAGUCAACAUUAACGGGAUCUGAAAUUCAGAAUGGUGAUAUAAUUUGCUUCCAGUAUGCAGCAAACGAAGAUGUGUCGAACUGCGUUGUGAUAAAUCCAGGAAUGGACGAUGAUCUUGGUGUGGUGGGGACGACGUAUAUCGGCCCUGAUGGUGAAGAAAUGAACAGUGUGAUUUGUCCAGAUAGUGAAGAUAAUCUGGCACAUACCAGUUCAUUACCGAAUUUGAGUGCCAGGUAUAACAAUGACAAUCAAAGCCCUCAUAGCCACGGGUUGGCUAAGGUAAGGCAACCAUGUGCUGGAAAGCUUCACCAGCAUCAGAGGCAGCUAUCAGAGAGGUAUCCAGACGUGCCCUCGUACUUCCAAUACUUGCUGGAUCGCGUGGAGGUGACUUUUCAUCGGUAUGGGCAUUCGGAGGAAGAGUCCUUUACCCUUUCACUUUUGUUCAGUAACGUGUAUGAUGAGGUGAUCGAUGCUGUGGCGUCACACUUGGGACUUCUUGGUCCAAAACGGUUGUUUGUACGAUUGUACCAGCACUCACCUCUUAAUAAUUUGCCCAUGAAGUCGCCGCUGCGUCAUUCCCGAUACGCUGGGGACGAUCAAACUACAUUGGAGGAGCUGCUUACUGAAUAUAUGGAGCGCACCAAUAUUUUAUACUACGAGCUGCUGAGUUAUCCUAUUACAGAGAUUGAAGCGAAGAAGGAGCUACUCGUGCAUCUCAGCAUUUAUGAUGCUUGCUUUGCUACCGAAGAGGCAGCGUCGCCAUCACCUGUUUCACCCCAGCGCCAUAUUGAAGUGCUUGUCAAGCCCACGCAUACGGUUCGCGACUUGCUCAAACUUAUCCGGAAAGGGUGCCGGCUACCAGAGGACACACCGUUGCGUGCAUGCGAGACCGUCCAGCACGGAACGAUGAUCACGCGUUUGAUUCAGGAAGACGUGCCGCUGCAAGGCUACUGGGGUCAAGGUGCUGUGUCAGACCCCCAUUCGCCUGAGAUUUUGGUGGAACAGAUUCCUAUGUACGAGAUCAAUAGCGAUAACGAUAUGGUGGACAAGCAGGCGUCCGCAAUGUCAGAGCAUAGGGUGUCCGGUGUCGCUAGUACAGAGGUCGUCACAGAAGGAGAGAUGUCAUUGAAGAAGACCGAAACUGCUCAUGUACGUUCACCGCGCCAGUUGAAGGAUGUGUCGCCUGAUGACGACGAAGCCACAAUGUGGUAUUACAAGGGCGUGGUGCAUUUCAACUUCCAGAAUACCUCCCAAAAGUUGAUACACCCGCAUGGAGUGCCAUGUGUCGUGCGUUUUAGCGAGCGCGAUACCGUCGGCGCCAUCAAGGAGCGUAUACGCCAGCGAAUGGGUAUCUCGUUUGAAGUCUUUGCACAGUGGAAUUUUGCGCUCGUCAAGGACCUGAAAGCGUCAACGCUGCAGAACGUGUACGACGAAAUGGAGCCCGAGGCGCUCGACGCGUUCCCCAUGUCGCGGCUCACCGAGCUCUGCGGAGCCGACUUCGAACAUUUAGGCAGCUUAGGGCUGGAGCAUGCGGACCCGACGCCGGUGCCUCGCCACCACAGCACCAGGAGACUGGAAACUGGUAUUCACAUCCGUCAGAGCUGA